GGAGACGGACGCCGAGGCCUCUGUGGUGUUUGAGCUCCAGUGGAUGUUGAUUCACUGUGACCCAAAGAGGGCUCAGAGGGAGAGCUGCAGCGAGCUGCCCGCCACUGAGAUGUUUGCCAAUGCUGAGCCGGACAAGGGAUUCCAAGGACCCCCGGGCGCGCCCGGCCCCGAGGGCCCGCGGGGGCCCCAAGGGGAGAACGGCAGAGACGGGAGGGAUGGUCUCCCGGGGACAACUGGCAAUCCCGGAGCAACUGGCCCCAAGGGGGAGCAGGGGGAGAUCGGCCUGCCGGGACAGAGGGGCCUGGGCGGCCUCCCGGGACCUGCUGCGUCCCCUGGCUCAAUGGGUCCAAGAGGGCCUGUCGGAGAAAGAGGACUUCCUGGUUUUCCUGGCAUAGCAGGACCCCCUGGGCCGGCCACAGAAGGACCAGCUGGAACCCCCGGGAAACCUGGAAUUCCGGGAGACGAGGGGAACAUCGGACCGGAGGGCACCCCAGGUACCAGGGGGAGUAAUGGCAACCCGGGUGUUCCCGGCCUUCCAGGACCACCGGGGCCUAUGGGGCCUCCUGGUGUCGGCAGCCCCGAGGGGAGUGGGGAACCUUGUCCAGCUGCUUGCCCCGCAGGACCACAAGGACUGGCAGGGCUUCCAGGCAUGAAGGGACACAAAGGUAGCGAUGGGGACCCUGGGACACCCGGCACAGACGGAGCACAAGGAGCAGACGGACUUCCCGGGGCUGCAGGUCCUCAAGGACACAUGGGCGACGACGGACAAAGAGGGCCCAUUGGAUUGUCGGGAACAGCGGGCGAAAAAGGAGAUAGAGGUCCUCCUGGUUUUAAUGGCAACGUGGGUCCGACUGGGCCGCCCGGAAAUCCCGGUGUGGAAGGUGUACGAGGACGUCAGGGUUUGGAGGGUCCUAAGGGGGAUGAGGGAGCGGUCGGGUCACCAGGCGAGCAGGGUAUCCAAGGAGACAAAGGAGAAACCGGGGAAGCCGGCAAAGAUGGCAUGGAUGGUAUCCCCGGUGUGGACGGGAGCAAGGGAGAGGCUGGCGUUGCAGGAAUCGUUGGUGUCAGGGGCAUUGUGGGAAUCCCGGGCCUUCCAGGGAAACAGGGAGGGGUUGGACCCACUGGAGAGAAGGGAGAUCUGGGUGCUGAGGGAGCUGUGGGGCCAGUCGGACUAUCUGGAAAGGCGGGCGAGCAAGGAGAGCCAGGAGAGGAUGGAAAACCAGGAGCCAAGGGGGCCACAGGGGAAUCCGGGAAGCAGGGGCCGCUGGGGGCAGAAGGCCCACAGGGCGUCCAGGGGGACAAAGGGGACAAGGGGGACACCGGUGCAAUGGGGAUAAAGGGCCACACUGGACUCAAAGGAGAUCAGGGGCCAAUGGGUCCAUCCGGCCAGAAAGGAAGUGAGGGAGAUAAUGGUGCUUCUGGAGAUCCCGGAAUUAAGGGCGACCAGGGGCCUCCUGGUGUUUCUGGCGUUAGGGGAGAGCUCGGGGCAAAGGGCAACCGAGGAGCGACAGGGGCCGACGGCAGGCCGGGUCAGCCAGGACACGAGGGCCAGCACGGGCCCAUCGGACCCCGAGGCUUGGAGGGAGAGAGCGGCAUCCCCGGGGCCCCAGGACCCAGGGGCCUACCUGGUCCUAAAGUGAACGACGACAAGCUAAGAGACCUUUGCUCAGUCAUUGUUGAAGAACAACUACUAGAAUUCAGGAAAGAGAUGAUGAAGAGACCAGCAGCACUGGGCUCACCUGGUACCCCUGGACUAGUUGGCCCCCCUGGCCCCAGCGGGCCCCCAGGAGCAAAUGGAGAGCAAGGUCUCAUGGGCCUCAAAGGGCCUCCGGGCUACUUUGGACUUCCUGGUAUUCCUGGAAAGAAAGGUGAAGCCGGGACCCAGGGAGGGAAGGGAGACGCGGGAGAGAACGGCGUUGGAGUCAAGGGAAGCUCUGGAGAGCCGGGCACUCAAGGUCCAGCAGGGACUCCCGGUGUCGGGCUGGACGGCAAGAACGGCGCCCGCGGGGAGACAGGGGCCUCCGGCGCCCCAGGCUCACCGGGGCCCCGGGGGGCCACGGGCCCCACAGGACUUUGCGACCCCUCCACCUGCAUAGGCAGAUCGCCCCCACUCUACAUGCUCGCUGGAAGGAAGUCCUCCAGCUACAAAAACCAAUGAGACAGAAAAAAUAACAAUAUAUAUAUAUAUAUAUAAAUAAAAUACAAGAUGGUUCAAAAUGGUGAACCUCCACGCCACGUGGUCCCCCCCCCCCCCUGUUCGGCAGGGGUCUGGGAGAAACAAUUUUUCUUUUCAGUUUUAAAUGCCUUCAUUCAAAUUGUGGAUCAAAAGAGACACAGGGAUUACAGAGACACAAUUAUAGAGUACACAAUGGACAUUUAAAAAUUGCACAACCUGAUUUUUAUCUGACUACCACUGACAAAGGAAACCUCACACGCAUACACUCACACAUCCCUCUGUCCAUCUCUCGUUCCCUCUUGAUACGCUGGGCCCAGUACGAGGCAGCUUUACAUUGAUUGACCUCGCAAAAAUUGUGUCUGCGCUCCCCCUUUCUGCAUUUUCAGCAGAAAUAACAAGGCCUUUGUUGUAAAGCAGUUAAAAGGCACAACUGAAUGAUGUUUAUUUUACACCUGUUGUUUUCAAUUCCAUUAACACACCUCAAUGUGUUUUCCUUUAAAGUGUACAUUCAGCAUUGAUACACAGCAAGAUAUCAUCUAUAUUUCCUUCUCAUUGCCUGAUGGACUACCACAUAUAUUAACAAAAACAGCUGCAUACGUUGCAGUAGAACAAGCUUUGGAAUCGCAUCAUAAUUACCAAAGAAAUGACCAGGCAUAAUGUUACAAUUAUAAAAUGAAGUCAUCCCCAGCCACUUGAGAUUAUAGGUUCUUUUUUUUUUUUUAUAGGUCUUUCAAAUAAUGUAAUAAAAUGGGUUUUUGACAA